GCCGUGUUGACCGAGCUGGGAAGGCGGCAGCCGGUGGAGAUACAGAAGGGGAGUUGGUACUGCUGCUCCUCAGUUACUGAAGGCAAUGGAGGCAAACGAAGCAGAGCGGCGGCCUGCGGCGGAGAAACGUAACCUAAGCCUCAGCGGUCAUGUGGGUUUUGACAGUCUCCCCGAUCAAUUAGUCAGCAAGUCUGUAUCACAAGGCUUCUGUUUCAACAUUCUUUGUGUAGGAGAAACUGGUAUAGGUAAAUCGACGUUAAUGAACACCCUGUUCAACACAAUGUUUGAAAGUGAAGAGGCUACACACUACGAACCAGGUGUUCGUUUAAAGCCACAAAGUUACAUGUUGAAGGAGAGUAAUGUAGACCUUAAACUAACUGUUGUUAAUACAGUGGGUUUUGGUGACCAAGUGAAUAAAGAAGAAAGCUAUAAACCAAUUGUUGACUACAUUGAUGCACAGUUUGAGAAUUACCUUCAGGAGGAGUUGAAGAUCAAGCGCUCACUGCAUGAUUUUCAUGACACAAGAAUUCAUGUCUGCCUUUAUUUCAUUGCUCCCACUGGUCAUUGUCUCAAAUCGUUGGACUUAGUCACAAUGAAGAAGCUGGACAGCAAGGUAAAUAUAAUCCCCAUUGUAGCCAAAGCUGAUACAAUUUCCAAAAGUGAAUUGCACAAAUUUAAGAUAAAGAUAAUGAGUGAGUUGGUCAGCAAUGGUGUGCAGAUUUACCAGUUUCCAACAGACGAUGAUGCAAUGGCAGAGAUCAACUCAGCAAUGAAUGCCCAUCUUCCAUUUGCAGUUGUUGGCAGUAUGGAAGACGUGAAGGUGGGAAAUAAACUGGUGAAAGCUCGACAGUAUCCAUGGGGUGUUGUUCAGGUUGAAAAUGAAAAUCAUUGUGACUUUGUAAAGCUGCGGGAAAUGCUGAUCCGUGUUAAUAUGGAAGACCUCCGAGAGCAAACACACACACGUCACUAUGAGUUAUAUCGGCGAUGCAAGUUGGAGGAGAUGGGGUUCAAAGAUACCGACCCUGAUAGCAAACCAUUCAGCCUGCAGGAAACAUAUGAGGCUAAGAGAAACGAAUUCAUGAGUGAGCUGCAGAAAAAAGAGGAGGAGAUGAGGCAAACGUUUGUCACAAGAGUUAAAGAGACUGAGACAGACCUGAAAGAGAAAGAGAAGGAGCUGCACGAUCAGUUUGAUCAACUGAAGAAGUCACACCAGGAAGAGAAGAAAAAGUUAGAGGAAAAGCGAAGAGAACUGGAAGAAGAAAUUAAUGCAUUUAACCGGAGGAGGGUGGCGGCACAGACACUGCAGGGGCAGUUUUGCCAGGCUACAGGACAACAGCCAGUCAAGAAAGACAAAGAUAGAAAAAAUUAAAGCUUCAUACACGUUUAAAUCUGUCAGUAUGGGAUGAUUUCUUGUGACCUUAAUAACAAUAGUUACAGUAUAUAAAAAAGUCUCUUUGCUCUAACUUUUCCACUCCUCCUUACAAAAUGGACAUCAAAUAUUUCAUGGAGAAACUCAAGCAUCAAGACCUGUAAAACCCUGUUUGGACAAUCAUUUGCAUGAAUUUUGUUUUUCCACUUAUUUCAUCGCUGUUAUUAAUCCUAAUUUCAUUAUCGGAAACAUUGGCUUCAUAUGUCAAAUCUUCAAAUGAAUUGUUCACUUUUAUUUUCUAAAGAGCCUUUUUUAACGGAACAUUGACACAGAAUAUUUAUAUUCAAAAUAUUUUUGUAAACAUCUCGAGUUAAAAUAAAAAUUAAAAAUACAAUGUCAUUUGACAAUGUAUUUUAAGAAAUGCAUGUGCGGCAAUGACAGAACUGUUUUCUUAACUUUAAGAUGUAAUGUACCAAAGAGUAUAUGUAAGAUGAAAAUUAAGUCAAUCUUUAUUAACCAUGUUUUAUAGAUUUGAUUUUCUUAAAAAUGAAGGAUGUUUUUGAAUCUUGAAGUCAUCUCUUGGGAAUGCCUGAUUGUGCAAUUUUCUGCCAGAUUGUUUAGUCCUGGUUCCAAGUUAAGGGGAAAGAAGUACUAGUUUUAUAUUCUAAAAUGGGAUCUUAAGAAAGAAAGUGGAAUGCGCUUGUGUUUCCCCAGCCAUAGUUUGUUGGAUGCUCAAUUUCUUACAUCUAGUAUUUUAAACAGUGGAACAACACACUAUAUGACUUAAACUAUUGAACUACGGAAAAUUGUUCAAUUAUUGGAUUACUUUAGACUUCACAGCAAACACCUGGUUGCAGUUAACAUCGACUCCUCUUUUAACGUUUAAUAUCCGGGGUUAUAUGUUGACCCUGGGACAGAAGUACUAGCCUUUGUCACUUUGACUUUUUAUUCCUGUACCAAACUCUUACAUUUUAGCACAUAAUAUAAGGCUGGGUGAAAUUGUUACAUCAAUAUAACAGAUUACUUAUGCAUUUUCCUUUCCAAAGUAAUUAAAUAAAUAAUAUUGUAAAUAUCUUGCUUUACACACACUUAUUUUGAAGCCCUCUACACUUAAGCAGUCAGAUAGUUGGAUGAUCUCACUAUGUGUUACAGGUGAUGGAUAAAUUGCAACUUGCAUUGGUACCUGUCUUGUAGUUUUAUUGCGUGUCAGUAUAUUUUUAAUAAAUUGGAUUGAUCGGUACUAGUAGUAACUGAUGUGCUGCAAGAGUAUGAGACACUAUCUUAUUCUAUUGUCUUUUCUCUUGUUCCAUGUAAAUGAGAGAUUCAAUGAGAUUCCUCCAGAAGCGCAUUUAAAGGAGAUUGUUUGGCAGCAAAAAAAAUUGAUAUGAGGAAUUAUUAGAUAAAUUAGGUCACUUUGAGGUGUCCCUUUUUAAGAAAGGUGGUCACUGCAGCAUUUUAUAGUUUUUUUUACUUCUUUUUUGUAUGAAGGAAUUGCAGUUUUAGAUUAAUUCAAAAUUUAGAUUUUUUGUUUUAGAAUUUUUUUACUGAAUAUAUUAUAAAGUUCUACGUAUUGGCUUACAGAGCAGGCUCAAGGUUAGAUUUUUGUUUUGAAAUUUGUCUUGAAAUUUCCCUUCUUGAAAUUUGCUCCAAUUCACAGAGUGACUACAUUAAUUUUGGUGACCACGCAACAAAUUGAGAACAAAAUGUUUUAAACAAAAUUAGGAAAUAUGUAAUAAUUUUAUUUUUAUAAUGAAAUGCAUGUAUCCACAAAGUAGCAUAUAAAUAUCAAGGACUUAUUUAAUAUAUUACACACAUUUACACAAAUAGCACAACCCUUUUAGCACAUACACUUACACGCAUGAUUAAAUCAACAGUAAUAUAUUUGCAUUGAUCAGGCAUAGUAAUUUUUUCAUUCAACGUAUUUAGCUCCAGUUGUUUUCCUUUGGUUAAUAAAAUGCUGGGGGUGUUAUGGUUUAUAGGUCUACACCCAGCCUUUCCCCUGUCCCUGCAUUUCCAGUACUGCAACUAGCUGAAGCAAAACUACAGAAAGAUACACUUGUGCAUGUAAACCUCUAUUGUAAUGAAAUAUUAAACUGAUCAGCACUUGCAUAGCUUAUAAUCGUGUCUACCUUUAAGUCAAAUGUGAGAUUUUACUAGUAUUACUCUUUAGAAUUAAUCAUGCAUUUUCUUUACUCCCCAUAGCCUGUAGUGCUGCGAGACAUGAUUAAUCAUUGAGAAAUAUGUAUUCCUAAUCAGUUGACUUACUGUUGUUCUACAAUGAAUACCAUCGUGUUUUAACAUUGGGGUGCUUACACAGUAUUUUAUCACAAUAGAACAGACCAAAAUGGAAUUUGAAGGCAGCUCUGGUUUAUGAUGUAAACCAAUAUGAACCGAAGUGUUUACGUUAUGCUGACAUGACCAGCGGGUUUAUGCUGCACUUGUAUUUUUUUGGUUACAUUUUAAGUUGCGUAUACAGUAUCAAAAAGGUUUUAGGUUGCUUACUGUUUUCCUACUGUGCUUGUUUGGUCACCAAUUUCAAUUCAAGUGCAAGGUGUGAAACCAUGACAAUUAGGUAAUUCAUUAAAUGUAAAAUAAAUCUUUCACGCAUGCAAAGCUGCAAGAUUUCACUUUCAUCAGUUGUCUGUUUCUUCAGUAUUUCUGUUGAAUCAUUGGUAUCAUUCAGAAGAAACAGGUUGGUGAAUAGUCUCUUGAUUUUCAUUUACACCUUAACGUUAGAGAUUACUUAUGUUCAAACAAUAUUAAUUAAAAAUAAGAACUCAGAAUAGGCUAACACUCCAUCUACUGGUAAAGGAGGAAGCAUUCUGAUUUCAUAUUUUCAGUUCAUCCAAUGGUACAGAAAUGCUGAUGGUAGAUGUAGAGAAUGGAAGCCAGUAAGUGGGCAGAGAGAACGUGGGAAAGUCUUCGAGUAGGUCACCCAAAGCAGCCAUUCACCUCCUGGCUAAUUAUAGAAGUAACAGAGAUCUGCUGUAGCUUGUUACCUUCCUUUUUGGCUCAUGAAUGCUGAGAGAGGACACCAAGUGGCUAGAAAUGAAUGUUCCUUUUCUUACUAUGGUGGAAUGGAUUGAAGUUGGAAGAUGCUGUGGUCUUCUAGUUGAAAGGCGAAUUACAUUCAGGUGGCCUUUUGCAUUGUCAACUAGUUCUCAACUGAAAGCUAGCCACCUGUAUUGAGGUAUCAUAAAUGUGCUGGAUUUUAAUACCUUUUGAAUUCUACCUCACUCUGAUUUAGUACUUUCAGCAGAGUAGGCAUUAUAAGAGAAAAUCAGGUCGGGACAGAAAGGAGGUGACAUGGUAACCAGCUACUGUCUCACUUGUGGCACAUUAAAUCUGUAUAUCUUUGUGUGACUUGCAUUGAUCUGAUCUUUCAAGAUGAAGCAAAUAUUUUGUACCUUUUUGUUUUGGUUUUGGCUGUAGAUAAAGAUAUUCCAUUGGCAAGUGCCACCUGACUUUAUUGAUUUGUAGGUCUAAAUGAUCUCCAGUUUGAAAUUCUUUUGAGAAAAUGGAUGUUGUAUUGUUCUCCUUGGUUAUACACAUGUGCAUACUGUACAUUAUUUCUGGAAAUGGAGAGAUUUAUUUUUCAAAAAAAUCAGGUUCACCUUGAGAUGUAAUUUCUCGUGUUGUUGGACCAAAUUAUUCUAAAGCACAUUGUAGAAAAACAAGUAUUUUUGCAUUGUUUCUUAAGAAGGGUGCUUGCUUGAAACCCAUAACUAUUUAUAAAAUUAUAUAAUUUUUACAUAGACGUUAGAGUUAAACAUUGAAUUGUUCUAAAAAGUUUGCAUAUAAUACAAUUACUAAUAUUAUGACUUGAAACUAUAUCACUCCAUAUAGUAUUCCAGUUCAUUGUAAUUUUUUUUAAAAUUUGCCUUUUGAUGUCCUUAUGUAAUUCUUAUCUUGCUUUCAGCCACUGUAAUUCUGUGUACCUGUUAGUUUGUUCAGGUCAUGUGCUGUUGUGGAACCUUUGUACAUUGUCUUUAUAUUUGGAACAAACCUUUUAAUUCUUCAUUGUGUGACAGUAUUGCUCUGACAUCUACCAUUGACUGUUGUCUUUCUAAUUAUAUUCUGGUGUUUCAUUUAGUUAUCCAUUUUACUCCAAUACAUUGUGCCCAUCUUUAAUUUGUUGAUUCAGUUUCAAAAAAAAUGAUAUGCAUACAGCAAAAUCAAAAUGGUUAUUUCUGUGCCAGAUUAGUCUAGGUUGUAUUUAAAAUGUCCUGUUUUGUUUUUGUUUUAAAUUUUCAUUAUUUGCUUCAUGCUAACUGUUUAUCAUUAAAUAUUAAAUAAAUCA